AUGCGUUUAAAAUUUACAUUUCCGCCAACUCUCCGUCAUACGGAUCGUUGCAAUUGUGUCGGAUGGAUGUCAUCGGAUGAUUUGUAUUCUGUUGGAGAAGAUCAUAUCAUAUACAAAUAUAAUAUAAUCAACAAUGAAUUGAUCAAAGUAGCUGAAUUACCACAAGAUCUAUAUCCACUUGAUAUGCACUGGGUACCUAAAGGUGCAAGUCUCGGGGGAGCGGGCACAAUAGGUGCAGGUGCAAAACGAACAAUUGGUUCGGAUCUUUUUGUUUUAGCAACAAGUGAUGGCAAAUUUUGUUUUGUUAAUAAAACUGGCCGCGUUGAAAAAUCUGUCGAAGCACAUCGAGGCGCAACUAUUUGUGUUCGUUGGAGUCCUGACGGAAGUCAAUUUGCUACAGGAGGUGAAGACGGACAAGUGAGAAUUUGGGCACGAUCGGGAAUGUUACGUUCGAAUCUAACUCAAUCACCUACACCGAUCUUCUGUGUAUGUUGGUCAGCCGACAACGAUGCAAUACUAUAUUGUACGGGCAAAUAUCUCGUAAUAAAACCACUUUCACCUAAUUCCAAACAAAAUUCGUGGAAAGCUCACGAUCAAAUCAUUCUAAAAUGUGAUUGGAAUACAGUGAACAAUUUGAUUAUAUCUGGAGGAGAAGACUGUCGUUAUAAAGUUUGGGAUACUGUUGGACGACAGUUAUAUGCCAGUCAAGCGUUUGAAUAUCCAAUUACCAGCCUGGCCUGGGCUCCCGAUGGAUCCAAUUUUGCCGUUGGAUCUUAUAACACGCUUCGUCUGUGUGAUAGUGCAGGUUGGUGUCAUUCAGUGGAAAAACCAAAAGACGGAAGUGUGUUUGGUCUGUCAUGGUCAAACGAUAGUACUCAAUUAGCAUGCGGCUGUGGAACAGGUCGAGUUGGAAUAGGUCAUAUUAUUGAACGUCGAAUUGAUUGGCGUCACUUAGAAUUUGUAUUAACUGAUUCCAAGGUGAUCACCGUUAGCAACUGUGAGACGGAAUUAAAAGAUAAAAUUGAACUCAAAGACCGAUUAGUGAAAAUGUCAGUUGGCUUUGGUUAUUUAAUUGUUUUAACAAGUAGUCAAGGAUUAAUUUACAAUUGUAAACAACUCGGUCAUCCGGCAGUCUUUGACUUACGUGACAUGUCAAUGAGUUUAAUUGUUCAAGCAGAAAAAUAUUUUCUUCUUUCCGAUGGAGUGAACAUUUCAAUUUACUCGUACGAAGGUCGUCUGGUCGCAACACCGAAACUGAUGGGAUCCAAACCUGACUCCGUCAAUGCCAAUACCGUUUCUCUAAGUCCAGACACUAUAGCCGUUCGAGAUUCCAGCGAUACUAAAUCAAUUGCAUUUUUUGAUAUUAAUGGAAAACCAAUUGGUGAUGGCAAAUCUGUUUCUCAUACCUAUGACGUCAUGCAUUUGGCCUUGGAUCAGACGGGUUCACCAGACGAACGUAAACUGGCAUUUGCCGAUAAAUUUCAGGAUUUAUUCAUCAUGUUGGUUCGCUCAUCGGGCCAAGGGCAACGAUCGAAUAGCCAACGUAUUCGAAAACUUUGCACAAAUAUCGGCAGUUUUCGAUGGAAUGAUAAGAAUACGAUGUUAUCAGGUUUCGCCGAUAAUAAACUUCAUAUCUGGCUCUAUCCAGCCGUUGUUUUCAUCGAUUCAAGCUUGGUUAACAAAACUACAUAUAAAAUUGAAUCAGGCGAUUUCGGUAAAAAUCCGACCAUAUCAGAUUUUCUCAGCUGUCAAUUAACUGUGCGCAAAUCGACUGGCGCAUUGAUCCAGUGCGCUUUGCCGAUUUACUACGAGCUUUGUCUUGAUCUUUUAGCAGCAAAUCGUGCUGAAGAAGCGCUGCAAUUAUGCCAAUACAUUUCGGAUGACUCAAUCUAUGCACUGAUCGCUGUGAUUUCCUUGCAUAAUCGUGAUUUUGAUUCCGCCGAGAACGCGUUUGCACAAUUAUCGAAUACGGAAAUGGUUUUCUGUUUACAAAAUCUUCGAACAAUCGCCUCGAAAGAAGAACGCGAAGCCGAACUUGCCUUAUUAGCUGGAGGAAAUCUACAAGAAGCUGAAGGACAUUACUUACAAGGAAAUAAACCGCUUCAUGCUAUCAUGUUACAUUUAAAUGAACAUAAUUGGGAUCGAGCGAUUGACUUGACUCAACGGUAUCCGCAAUAUUCGGACAUCGUGGUUGGCUACCGUCAAAAGUAUCUGAAAGUUUAUGGUGGUGGUAAAAAGGAAACCAACCCAAAGUACCAACAAGCAAUGAAAAAUGUUGACGUUGAUUGGGAAAAAAUCGAUGCCAAACUAACGAAAGAAUUAGGUGAAGAUAGUGCUUUACGAAUAAUUGAAUAA